CAUCAUCAGGGUUUGUGACUUUGCACUGAUUCAGUGUCAAAAACACACCAACGACGAGGAGGAGGAAGAAGAGAUGCAGCCGUCCGGCAGGAGGAGGCCGAGCUCCGCUCUGCGCGCUGCAGCUCUCACCUGCGGCCGCUCGCCCGGAUCCACAGAGACGGAGACGCUUCUGCCGAAGCCCCGGUUCCACCUGGACCUCUGGCUCAGCUUCACCAUCCAGACCUGGGUCCUGGACCUGGGCCGGCCUGUUGUCAUGCUCGUCUUCCCGUCCGACUCGUUUCCUCAGAACUUCCCCGGAGCAGCAGUUUAUCUCCAGGUUCUGUUCAACCUCACGUCUCCACUCAUCCUCAUCAAAGUUACGUCAACGUCAACUCGUCACAUCGAACACGUUACCGUGGAGACGUUUCUCAGACCGCGUCAUCAUCAAAACGUCUGUUCUCCUGUCGCGAUGCUCGAGCGCUGCCCCGGGACUCCGCCCCUCCCGGCUGUCCACCUGGGCAUCGUCGCCGUCGUCAUGGGAACCAGCUUGCACCUGGUGGCCGACUCCGUCACCCGGCGGCUCCUGCUGAUUGGCUACCAGCUGCACCUGUCAGUCAGAGACAACCCGGUCCUGCAGGAGGUCAGACCCUCGUCCCUGGUAGGUUACUGGAUCAGUCACCAGACGAUGAUGUCAUCUCAGUGCGACGGGUGUUGUUUCGUUUCACAGGUCGACGUCUGUGAGCUUCUGUUUCACUACGACGACACCGUGGGUCACGUGAUGUGGUCCGUUCCUCUCUUCCUCGUCCUCUUGUUCUUCUUCAGUGGUUCUUACUGCCACAGGACCCAGGAGGAGGCGUUGCCCCCGGCGGCCUGGAUGCUGCUCGCUCCCAACACCGCCUACUACUGGUACAUGAUCACUGAGGGCCAGACCUUCAUCCUCUUCAUCUUCACCUGCUUUGCAAUGGCCGCCACUGUGAUGUGCCAGAGGAGGCGGGGCAUGGUUCCCGACUGCAAUGGCCUCUUCAUGCUAUACGGCCCCUGAUUGGUUGACGUUCUCUGGCUCCAGUUUCUUCGCAGCCCUGCCCCUGGUGGCGGUCUGGGUGGCCUGUAUGUGGAAUGACGCCGUCCUGAGGAAGAAACACCCGGGGCUGAUGUACGUCCCGCAGCCUCGGGCGGUUUACACCCUGCACCUCCGCCACGUCGACCAGGACACGACGGAGCUGCUCAUCUGAACGUUUCACACGCUGCUGCUGCCACGAAGCUUUCAAAGGACUAAUACAGUCGUAGAUUUCAACUUUUCUGCCAAUUACUUUUAAAUGUUAUUCCAAUGUUGUAAGUGUUUAACGGAUGUGAUCACAAAAUUAUGUUGCAAAACAACUUAAAACAUUUAAAACAUUCCAGUAAAGUGUGAAGUGAAGUUUUCUCUCUGAACAACAAAUAAAACGUUGUUGAAACUUUGUCUCUGUGUCUGAUCCAGAGCCGUGACACAGUAAGAGAUCGCAACGUGGUUGGUUGAGCAGCAGCUCUUAAC